CGUCGGCGGCCGUGGCUGGCGGCGGCGAGGCACGUCUCGUCGUCGGUGCGAGUGGGAUUGCGCGCGCGGAUUCUUGAACGCGUGAUCGCCACCAUUCUCUAAACAUCCGCCGCACGUGACGGGCCGAGUACCGGGCGCACCAAACUCAAAUUCAAAAUCACCGCUGACUAAACUCUAACCAACAACAAACAGCAACAACUAAUCAGUCAUCCUCAGCUAACUUAACAAGUGCGGGCGCGUUUCUUACGACAAACUACAACAAAUGUGAUUGCUCGACUACCAUCAUAUUCUACGACUGAUUACUGACUAAAAACCAAUUACUAGAGUCGUACUUUCAGCUCAAUAAAGAAUUCAUUUCUAUUCAGUUAUCAAAACAUAACUUUGGCCGCUCAACAUGUCAAUGUACUUCUUCCGCCUGCACAAUCUGCGCCGCGAAGAGGACAAGAAACGACGCGCACGCGCGCAGCAGAAACGCAAAGGAUUCUCGCGUUAUGCGAAUGCUGGCCUUACACUCGCACCCAGCCGCCUCUUCGAGCGUCCUCCUCUGACGCCGUCGGACUCUUUGGACGAGGUGGCGUUCCAAAUACCAAGAGUCCGUGUUGAGUACUACGUGAACGAGAAUACAUUCAAGGAACGCCUUCAGUUAUAUUUUAUAAAGAAUCAGAGAAGUAGUUUACGAAUACGAAUAGCAAACUUAAUAUUCAAAUUGGUAACAUGCGUCCUGUACAUAAUACGUGUCGUCACCGACUUGGAUCCUACGUACGCAACCUGUUAUGGUUGUGUGCCUGGAAACAAGACGGAAUACAUAAUAUCAGCCAACCUAACAGAAGAGAAGUUUCAAGAAAAUCCGAUCAUCAACUGGGAUGCCAUUAUUUAUGUCAAUCGCCCGCUGGAGCUGUGGAGCGUCCAAGUGGUGCUGGCGAUCGUCAGCCUGACCGAAGCGCUCCUGCUGGCGUAUUUAGGAUACAAGGGAAAUAUAUGGCAGCAGCUAUUAUCGUUUCACUUCAUCUUAGAACUAGUCAAUACAAUCCCCUUCACAAUAACGAUAUUUUAUCCGCCUUUGAGGAACGUCUUCAUCCCGGUGUUCCUCAAUUGUUGGCUUGCCAAACGUUCCCUGGAAAACAUGUUUAACGACCUGCAUCGUGCAAUGCAAAAGUCACAAUCGGCAUUAUCGCAACAGCUCACGAUAUUGUCAGCAACGCUUCUUUGUCUAGUAUUUACGAGCGUGUGCGGCAUACAGCAUUUUCAGCGCGCCGGCCACCGACAUCUGAAUUUAUUUCAGGCCACAUAUUAUGUGGUCGUGACGUUUUCAACCGUCGGCUACGGCGACUUCGUACCGGACAUUUGGCCCUCGCAACUGUACAUGGUCAUUAUGAUAUGCGUGGCUUUAAUUGUCCUCCCGACCCAGUUUGAACAAUUGGCGUUCACGUGGAUGGAACGUCAGAAACUGGGCGGUUCAUACUCCUCGCAUCGAGCACAAUCAGAAAAGCACGUUGUGGUCUGCAGCACAACGUUGCACGCGGAUACAAUAAUGGAUUUCCUCAACGAAUUCUACGCGCAUCCACUGCUGCAGGACUAUUACGUAGUGCUACUCUCGCCGAUGGAAUUAGACACGACGAUGCGGAUGAUACUGCAAGUGCCGAUUUGGGCGCAACGCGUUAUUUACAUUCAGGGUUCGUGCCUGAAAGACGGCGAUCUGAUUCGGGCGCGCAUGAACGAAGCCGAGGCGUGCUUCGUGCUAGCGGCUCGAAAUUACGCUGAUAAAACAGCUGCGGACGAGCACACGAUAUUGCGCUCGUGGGCUGUGAAGGAUUUUGCGCCCAAUGUGGCGCAGUAUGUACAGAUCUUCAGACCGGAAAAUAAGCUGCACGUCAAGUUCGCCGAGUUUGUCGUUUGUGAAGAUGAGUUCAAAUACGCGCUGCUGGCGAACAACUGCUUCUGUCCAGGCGCUUCUACUCUCGUUACUCUACUACUGCACACUUCGCGUGGACAGGAAGGUCAGCAAUCUCAGGAAGAGUGGCACCGGCUGUACGGCCGAUGUUCGGGCAACGAGAUUUAUCACAUCGUCUUGGGUGAUAGUCGUUUCUUUGGAGAAUACGAGGGGAAAAGUUUCACAUAUGCGAGCUUCCAUUCACAUCGCAAGUACGGUGUUGCGCUGGUCGGCGUUAGGCCUGCCGAACUACCGGAGUUCUACGAGGACACAAUACUGCUGAAUCCGGGCCCGCGGCAUAUCAUGAAGAAGAGCGACACCUGCUACUACAUGAGCAUCACCAAAGAGGAGAACUCGUCGUUCACUGUCGCCAAUCAGCAGACGAACAAUAAUAAUACGUCAGGGGAGCCGGUAAUUGUGACCGAGCAGGAGAAAACCAGCGUUGCGGCAAGCAAAGACGGUACCGGUCCACCACUACUCAUACUGCAAGUCCCAACCUGUGUCACUACGUUUACGGACACGACAAAUUUCGCCGACUCGAAGCAAUGCCUCAAGGACACCUCUCCGGGAUCUGUGACGCUGGACGUGUCCGGAAUUACGGGCAACCACUUGGACAUACCGCGUAGCAGCGGCGGUGAUAAUCCGAACUUACUGAGUCCGGAGGUGAUAAAUCAGAGACGUAAUUCCCGUCGGCCCAGCAUACUGCCCGUUCCGGAUAUGUUCACUAGCUCGUCGAUGAACAUACCGCAAGACGUCGCUGACGAAGGCGACGAAAGCGAAGACGAAUUGGAGGAUGAUGUGCCUUGGAGGUCGCCCAGCGAAAAGAUCGCGUCCAGUCUUACCACCGAAUCGACAGACUCAUCAAGACCUGCAUGGCAUGACGAUUGUGCCUGCAUUGUGAAAGGAUUUCCACCAGUAUCGCCGUACAUCGGAGUGAGUCCCACGCUCUGCUAUCUACUAAAAGAAAAGAAACCUCUGUGCUGCCUGCAACUGGCGCAGGUUUGCGAACACUGCAGCUACAGGAACGCGCGAGAUUAUCAGUGGCAGAACAAGACCAUUAUCCUAGCCGCCGAUUAUGCAUCCAAUGGCAUCUACAAUUUUAUCAUACCGCUGCGGGCGCACUUCAGGUCGAAAACCUCAUUGCAUCCCAUCAUUCUCCUGCUGGAGCGACGGCCCGACAUCGCAUUUCUAGACGCCAUCUCGUACUUCCCGCUCGUGUACUGGAUGCUCGGAUCGAUUGAUUGCCUGGAUGAUUUACUGAGGGCAGGCAUCACGGUCGCCGAGAAUGUCGUCGUCGUUAAUAAAGAGUUAUCGAAUUCGGCGGAGGAGGACUCGCUUGCUGAUUGCAACACUAUUGUAGCCGUGCAAACAAUGUUCAAGUUCUUUCCGACCAUUCGAAGCAUCACCGAGCUGUCCCAGUCGUCCAACAUGCGCUUCAUGCAAUUCCGUGCACACGACAAGUAUGCUCUUCACCUAUCGAAAAUGGAAAAAGAUUGCAUUGGCACUAGCUGCUUAUCAGAAAAACUGUUCAUGCAGAGAGAAAAAGAACGCGGCUCGCAUAUCUCGUACAUGUUUCGCCUGCCGUUUGCCGCCGGAACCGUUUUCAGUGCGAGCAUGUUAGAUACUUUAUUAUAUCAAGCAUUCGUCAAAGAUUAUGUCAUCACGUUUGUGCGCCUCCUGCUCGGCAUCGAUCAGGCGCCUGGAUCUGGCUUCUUGACAUCUAUGAAAAUCACCAAGGAAGAUAUGUGGAUACGGACGUAUGGCCGGCUUUAUCAAAAGCUAUGCUCGACGACGUGCGAGAUACCGAUCGGAAUAUACCGGACACAGGAUACUUCCUUGGCCGAUUCAUCUCACGUGAGUAUGAGCCGCACGUCUUCUGCGUGGUCGAGCUGCGUGCGUGUGCCAUCCGUAGCAUCGCUUGACGAGGAUUUUGGUAAUGAACGUGUGGGCGUUACGUAUCGGCCCAAGGAGGGCACCAACUGCUUGGGUUGUACUGAUACAAAAAAGUCAAUGUAUUCUAUAAAUAUGGGUGAUGAAGCAAGGGAUAACCAUGAGCAACAAAUUGAGAGAGCCGAGAUUGCGAAUCUGGUUCGUUCUAGAAUGGACAGUCUCAAUUUACCAGCUGUUGACUACAACGAUGUGAGCGAGAAGCGUAAUAGUUUGUCCUACGUGAUCAUCAACCCAAGCUGUGAUUUGAAAUUAGAGGAGGGUGAUAUCAUAUACCUGGUGCGACCAAGCCCGUUUUCUGCGCAAAAAACGUUUGAGAGACACAACAGUAGAAGAAAAUCGAACAUUAGUUUCUGCUCGCAAAGUUUAGUGAAUCAAAUGGCAUCGGCAUCGCAGGCGGGUAGUAGACGCGGCUCCGGACUGGGCCUGUCCGGUUACCAGUCGCCUCGCGCACCUCCACUUGUAACGACCAAAUCAAAUUCCUUAUCGUUGCCAGACAGCCCUACAAUUGCUGCGUUUCAGCGUGGGCGAUCGAACUCAUUGCGCGUCAUCGACGAUAUCCUUCUCAAGCGAUCGAACUCUCUUCGCCAAGGGCUAACUGCCCGUCGCAAGAGCAGUCUAGAGGAUGUCGGCCUAUCGCACUUCUCCACCAGCUACAACAAUCCGAUCAAGAUUGCGCUAAACGGCAGCAUUGGGCUGGAGGUUACACCACCCGAGGAGUGCAGCUCGCCCCUGAUGUCCAGCAACACGGCGUUAUGCGUUAACCCACCGUGCACUGGUAGCACAAUGAGUCUCUCGCAGAGUGGUUUACCGAGCGCAACCAGCUCCUUGCAGCACAGCGUCUUGGGCAUUAACGUGCCGGACGACCCGUACGAAGCAGGUGCUUCACCCUCGCAAGCGCCCGACCGGAGCACGGCCACGGCGGAUCCGCAACACUUACAGGGAACAAUAGUAUGAUAUAACCUCAUGUGGGGGAGGAGGAUGAGCGGCUUCAGGAAUAAAUGGCUCUAAAUCCUCUUUGCCACACGUAGUUUUCAGUUGGUAGAUUAUUUAAUAUCAAACAGUUUGAGGAUAGUAUUCAACCGCAUUUGGCCUUAUUCUAUUAUAUCAGAACUUUAGACUGAUUAUUCUUAUCACUCGCUCUUAAGCCGCAGGACAACGUUGGCGUAGCCAAAUUUUCUAUUAGUAGAUUCAAGAUAAUUUAUUUUAUCACGAUACUCAUCUAGAUCCAGUGCAAAUGCUGCUUUAAUGAAAGAUAUCUCUUUAAUUUUUAAUUUAAGUGAAACCUCUCAACUCUACGCUUCAAUUCUCGAAUUAUCUUUAAUUUUUUCAAACUAAUAAAAGAUAAUGCAACCAAAGAUUCAUGGUUAAGACACCUCGUAGAUUGUAUAAUCUUAUAGCUCAAGUAGCGAGUUGGAGUUUUAAUAAAGUGAAUUUAUACAUAAGUAAGCAUGAAUUUGACUGCAAACAAAAAUAUGUAAUAAUCGCAAGAAGGGUACUCUUCCAAUUAUAAUACUUAUCAGUAUCACCUAUCAGGUAUGUUGAAAGUGGGAUCAAAUUUUGUAGCUAGAGACGUUUAACAUUUGCGAACCUAACGUUAGUAGACAUCCCUGAAACGCCCGUAGCACGAAGGAUCAAACGUUAGCUUACGAUAGAUUUUAGCAGUGCCGUCCAUAGCCAUAACAUCAUGCAUAUGUAUAAUGAAUAUCAUUCGUGUAGAACAUCUAAAUUUUCAACCAAAAACAAUACGAAUAUAAACACUAGGGAAAGACUGUGCGGUGUGGUCCAAAAUAAAUAAAGCAUGCAAUGUAUUUGUGAAGCUGUAGACAACUUGAAAUAUUUAUCGAGAUUGCGAUUGUAUUCUCAUAUCUUAAAUGUGCAUAUAUUUUUCUAGGAUGCGGCGUGAACAAAGAGACAUAAUGAUAAAUAAUAAAAACCAUGUAUAGUAAGAGUAUAAUCGUUGAAACCUACUUUAAAUAGAGUUAUGGUGACGAUGCUUUGGUACUAUAUGCUUUAUUUCCCAUCGUUGUAAGCUCUGAGCGAAGUGAGCUAAAACGAAUGAAGGGUUUUUAUAUAAAAUACAUAGGUAAAAUUAGACAUAUAUAAUUAUAUUUAACAAUAAGUAUUGAACUAGGCGUACAAGCUAACAUUUGUAUAUAUACCUAUAUAAAUAUAAUAUUCUAUAAUACUCAUUAGAGUGCUUCUUCAAAACUAUUAAAAGAAGAUUUAAGGCAAAAAUUGUAGUUGCUAAUAUCAACUAUGUAUAUUAUUAUUUAGAUGCCCACUAAACUUUAUCCUAUAAUUACUACUUACAAUUACAUUAUUUUGCAAAAAACUGCGGGCAUAUUAUUCAUAUAAAUUACGCUUAAAUUAUACAGUAUUAAGAAACAUUAUGAAACAUGCAAAUCAACAUCUUUAGUAUUUAAAUUAUUUAAAUUAUAGCACAUUAAUAAAUGUAUGAGAAUAUGUUCCAUAAAUAGGCCUGUUUUAUUUUCUGUUUUUGCUGUACAUACAUUUAAUACUGAGUUACUUUUGACAUUCAGUAUAAAAAAUGAUAUGUAGUUGUAAAUAACAUGUUGAAUUGUUCCGCACUUUUCACUUCAAAAGAGUUAUUUUUAAAUUACCUAAUCAAAUAUGUUGCAUAUACUAAAUAUAUCAAAAUAAACAAAAAAUUAUAUAUGAA